AUGUAUAUAUCUCACUCCCUAAGGGCGAUAACGCUUCUAUUGGCUACGACUGUUCUGGCACAAGACAACAACGAUGAAAGCGAUAGAGAUAAUGGAAAUACAGUUAGCGGAGUUAGCGGUAUCGCCAGCACUAGUGCUGGAUCAUCAAGCACUGGCGUGACGUCUUCAGCUCUUUCUUCUACAGUUAGCAGUGCAACUCCUACUACAUCUACUUCUGAUUCAACUUCAUCAAAUGCUCUGACUUCAACAACAUCAACUUCAUCAGGAGCCUCAGAAACUUCUUCUACAGUACAACUGAAAUUGGCUAAGAAAUACGUUGGAAGUGAUUUCAUGAAUGACUUCGACUUCUUCACGGCAGAUGAUCCUACAGGUGGAUAUGUAAAUUAUGUAUCGAAAUCUUCAGCACAGAAAUCAGGAUUGAUCGACGUUCAAGCAAAUAACGUCUUCAUCAUGGCCGCUGAUUCAGCAAACGUGCCCGAUGGAAGAGGAAGGGAUAGUAUCAGGAUUAGCAGCAAGAACAAAUACGCUGAUGGUGUUUACAUUCUUGACCUCAAUCAUAUGCCUGUCGGAUGUGGAACUUGGCCUGCGUUUUGGACAGUAACAAAAUCAGGAUGGCCGAAAGGAGGUGAAAUUGAUAUAUUAGAAGGAGCAAAUGGUUUGCCUUUAUCUGGAUCAUCAGCAUAUAACGCCACUACUGGCUUAUCAACUACUCCUAAUCCUCAAAUAUAUAAUGUAGCAGCAUUGCAUACAUCCGAUACUUGUACGCUUAAUGGUCAAACCUAUAUGGAUGGUCAAAUUGGUGAAUGGCAAUGUUCAGCAUACGUAUCUGGUAAUACAGGUUGUGGAGUGAAAAUGACAGGCGCUACCAAUGGUUCUUAUGGUGGUCCAGUAAAUGGUGUAGGUGGUGGUUGGUAUGCCAUGUGGAGAGAUGUUGAAAACUCUGGUGGUAUUUAUAUUUGGUUUUGGCCAAGAAACUCUGCUUCAGUUCCUGACGAUGUUAAAAACCCAAAUACCGCUACUACCAAUGUAGCUAAUUGGGGUAUUCCAAAAGCCAAUAUGACUGUCCCAAGUUGUAAAAAGGAUUUCAACAAUCAUGUGAUUGUCUUUGAUUUGACUUUCUGUGGUGAUUAUGCUGGAGCAACAUACACAUCAUCCGGAUGUCCAGGCACAUGUUCGACUUUCGUCCGUUCAAACCCAGCAGCAUUUUCAGAAGCUUAUUGGUCCCUAAAUUCAUUAAGAGUUUACAAUUCCAGCGGUAAAGCUGCUUCCGAUGGUGGAUUAAGUAAAGGCGCUAUAGCAGGUAUAGUCGUUGGUGCUAUCGUAGUUUUGAUAAUACUGGGCUUCUUCUUAUUCAGGAGAUAUAAGAAAUCCAAGAGAUCGAGGAAAAUCGUUGAAGAAUCCAAUUACACAGAAGAACCAUUACCACCCAACGCAGAUGUGAAAGGACCUUAUGCAUUCUUAGCAGCAAGGAAACCAAGGUUAGGUCCAACGAAAUUAGCUCCAGGUAGAACUGCUCAACAUUUCCUAGAUGGUGAAACUCCGACUGCGCCUUACGGACGAAGCACACCUUUAGGAAGUGGUUCAGAUAUCAAACUUGCUGAAGCCACUUACAGACCUCCAGGAGGUAAUUCAAGUUGGAUAGGAUAA